CAUUGAUACAUUAAUGUCUUCUGAUAAAGAAGAGGACCCAGAUGUUAUUCCUGAAGAUAGCAGUUUGCUAACUCUUAAAAUUAGAAAGAAGGCCUUAGGGAGAAGAGAAGAAACAAUCAUUGUGGAUCGGGCUUGCAGACAAGAAACUCUUGCCUAUGAGAUGGAGUCACAUGCAAUUGGAAAGAGACCAGACAAUCCAACAGAUCUAGUUGAGGAGGGAGAAUUACUUUUAACUCUGAACAUCUUCUAUCCUGUUAUAUUUCAGAAGCAUAAAGAUCACAAACCCUAUCAAACAGUCCUUGUACUGGGCAGCCAGAAGCUCACUGAGCUGAGAGACUCGAUUUCCUGUGUCAGUGACCUCCAGAUAGGUGGUGAGUUCAGCAGUCAACCAGAUCAAGCACCAGAGCACAUCAGCAAGGAUCUCUACAAAUCUGCUUUCUUUUAUUUUGAAGGCAUCUUCUAUAAUGAUAGAAGAUACUCAGAGUGCAGAGAUCUGAGCAGAACAAUUAUAGAGUGGUCAGAAUCCCAUGACAGAGGCUAUAGAAAUCUUCAGUCUGUUAAAAUGGAGGACUACACAUUUAAUGAUUUGUCCAUCAAAAUUGGCUUUCCAUACCUUUUCUGCCACCAAGGGAACUGUGAACACAUCAUUAUAAUCACAGAUAUAAGGCUCAUUCAUCACGAUGACUGUCUGGACAGGAACCUUUAUCCCUUGCUAAUCAAGAAACAUUGGCUAUGUACUAGGAAAUGCUUUGUGUGCAAAAUGUAUACAGCAAGGUGGGUGACAAACAGAGACAGUCUGGCACCAGAGGAUCCUUGUUUCUUCUGCGAUGUUUGUUUUCGGAUGCUCCAUUACGAUGCAGAAGGCAAUAAACUGGGGGAGUUUCUUGCAUAUCCUUAUGUCGAUCCUGGGAUUUUCAACUGAAACUGACAUGAGCCAGAAUGAAUUUAGUGAACU